AUGGAGGUUAGACUGGAUUCUUUUUCUGCAUCAGCGGGUAGAUCCAGGUCUUCAAAUGGGUGCAACUUGGAUGGUGUGUUAUCCCACUAUGAAGAUGAAGUUCAGAUGUGGCACAGCUGGAAACCUUUUCCAGAAAACCUGCUCUGGACACGUGUUGAUUUCCAAAUUUCUCGUGUUGGACCCUGGAGCAACUGCUCCUCCUGUACUCACUACCCAUAUCUCAAGUCUUCUUACACAGAUAUGGAUCUCCUACGUUCAUGGCGCAGCAGCAGUUUCGGGAAUUUUGAUCGUUUUCGGAAUAAUUCUAUAUCAAAAGCAGAUGAUUCAACUGAGGUACAUGAAGGGGAACCCAUAAAUGAAAGUGGAGAACAAAAUAAAACUUCAAGUAAUGGAGGAGGUUUGGGUAAAAAGAUGAGAGCUAUUUCAUGGACAAUGAAGAAAAAAGUGGGUAAAAAAUACAUCAAAGCACUUGCCGAGGAAAAGGAUGAGGAAGAUGGGGCAGAUGCCCUCCCACAUCGGAACAGUGACCCUGUGAUCGGGACCCACACAGAGAAGGUCUCCCUCAAAGCCAGUGACUCCAUGGAUAGUCUCUACAGUGAGCAGAGCUCAUCAAGUGGAAUAAAAAGCUAUUCAGAUGGUACAAGUAACCGGGAAAGCUUUCGACUGGAUGAUGAUGGUCCCUACUCAGGACCAUUCUGUGGCCGUGCUAGAGUGCAUACUGAUUUCACACCAAGUCCCUAUGACACUGACUCCCUCAAAAUCAAGAAAGGAGACAUCAUAGACAUUAUCUGCAAAACACCAAUGGGGAUGUGGACAGGAAUGCUGAACAAUAAGGUGGGAAACUUCAAGUUUAUUUAUGUGGAUGUCAUCUCAGAAGAGGAAGCAGCCCCCAGGAAAAUAAAGGCACACCGAAGAAGUAAAAGGGAAAAACCCAAGACUCUGCAGGAGUUCUUAGAGAGGAUUCGCCUUCAGGAAUAUACCUCAACACUUUUGCUCAAUGGUUAUGAGACCCUAGAAGAUUUAAAGGAUAUAAAAGAGAGUCAUCUCAUUGAAUUAAACAUUGAAAACCCAGAAGACAGGAUGAGGUUACUAUCAGCUGCUGAAAAUCUCCUUGAUGAAGAUGCUAUUCAAGAGCAAGAAAAUGAACCUGUGCCCCUAUCCUUCAGCCCAGACAUCUCCUUAAAUAAGUCACAGUUAGAUGACUGCCCAAGGGACUCUGGUUGUUAUAUCUCAUCAGGAAACUCAGAUAAUGGCAAAGAAGAUAUGGAGUCUGAAAAUCUGCCUGACAUGGUACAGAAGAUUACUAUCACAGAGCCAAGUGACUGAACACACAUUCUGGACUAUAUAUCUAUCUACAGAUGCAUUCCAUUUUAACUCUCUUUGAGCUAAAAGAUCAAAUAGGAGAGGGAGAGAAAUAUUGUAAAUACAACGUAAAGUUAACAUAUUUUAAUCUGAAAUGAUUGUACAUAAAGUUUGUAUCUCUAACAUUUCUGAUUAUUAUAAAUAAGGCAUAUAUUUAUUAUUUUAAAUGCAAUAUGUUAAUAUUUCAUUUGCCUGUAUUAGAAAAAACAUAGUGUGAGCUUUUGGUAUGUGUGACAUAUGCUUUAUUUAGCUUUGUUGUAUAAGUACAAAAUGAUAGAAUCUGCAAAAAAAGCAAAAACUGUACUUUUUUCAUACCUGCCAGUUUUGAAUUUGUGUUAUUAGUGAAUUAAUAGUAACAUACGAUGUCUCUGUUGAACUGAUCUGUCCAUGCAGCAUCUAUACUCAUUUUUAUACUUAUUGAGAAAGUGUGAGUUAAUAUUGGAAACAUUUUAUCUUGAAACACAGUGGACUUUUAAUAAUUAUUUUUUGUUGAUUUCUUUACUCUGUUAUCUGGUAUAAAAGUAUAGCUGACAAUAUUGUCAUUAAUUAAUAUUUUUGUUAUUAAUUAAUUUUAAUAAUUGUGCAGAUGUUUUAUCUUUAAGUGUAAAUAUCUCUUUAAAUUUUGUCAUACCCCGAUGUUAAUAAAAAUAACUAUGCGCUUA